UAUUUUCAGUUCUCCAAAGCAGCUUUGUACUGAUAGUUAACGACUCUCGGUGUGUCCUUGGAUAAACUGACUUGUGGAUCUACAGAGUACAGUUUGGCUGUUUUGGAUUUGGUUGUCACUGAUGAUUGCGAUAUUGCCUUUGGUUUUAUUAUGACAUUGACAGUGGAAGUAAUUUCCUGGAAAUGGAAAGAUCCGUUAUGUUGAAACACAUUGCUUGCGUUACGACAUGACAAUUUACACAAUAUUAUAGCUACAUGAUUGACAGGUGCGAUGACAUAUUGAUAUUGAACUCUGUGAUAUUUUAUUAAUAUAUGCAAGAAUUUUGAAAAUAAUUUUUAAAUGGCUGCAAAAGACGGGAUUGUUACCAUUGUAUAUAUUUUUUAUUGGUGGUUGAUCUUCUUUAUAAAAGAUAUCAGCGGUAACGACUAUUAUUGUUCAAAAGACGUCAGUGAAAUUUAUCAUCCAGGAACCGGAGGGUACAAUCGGAUAAUAAGUCGCUAUGAAGAUACCCGUUUCUAUGGUAACGGAUUGAUGUGUAAAUGGCAUAUUAUAGCGAGGAAAGAUCAACGUAUCCUCCUGACCGUUAUCCAAUCUGUGUUACAAUGGGCGCCAGAGAGUGCCGUUUGCGAAGGGGAUAAUUACGAUUAUAUGACUAUUAAAAAUGAUGAGGAAGAUUCUAGAAGUUUAGUUCAAUGGUGUGGUCAACGAAAGCCUGGUUGGAUCAUGAGUACGGGACCAGAAUUAUAUAUAACCUUUGUAACCAAUGACGUCAAUCCAUAUGAAUAUUCCGGAAUCGUAUUAAAUAUCCAAAUAUUUGAAUCAAUUCAUUGUCCGCGUGGGUGGUUGUCGAGACCUGCCACUUAUCCAAUUCCGUCAGUCAAACCAUAUAAGGAAGUUUGCUAUGGUGUAAUGAAAGUUGCUGUCAACUGGAAAGAUGCUCAAGAAAUUUGUAACAAUGCUCAAUCUAAUCUGGCCAGUGUAAUGUCAGAAGAUCUGUCUUCACUAAAAGAUUAUGCAGUGAAUAUCAACUCUGUUGGUGAAGUGUGGAUCGGAUUAAAUGAUAUCAGAAGUCAAAAACAGUUUGUUUGGCUGGAUAAAUCGCCUAACACACUCACGUUGUACGAUUCCGAGAAGUACAAGAAAGACAGUGACUGUGGGUAUUUAGCUUUUCAUGAGGAUAUAAUUUUAAAAGUAGCAGAUUGUAAUUUAGAGAAAGACAGACGAUAUAUUUUGUGUAAAAUGAAUAAGGGUAGGUAA